GUUUCAUUUGGACGGUGUGUGGAGACAGAACGAAGGAUUCACUCACUCCAAAGAUUUAUCCUGCCGGAGUUACGGUUCGUCCGCGGAAAUGGCCGGGGAGUACAUUAAUAUUAGUUUGACUAAUUAAAGUUGAGCGGUUUAGCGGCGUGGGGACAGAGAAAGUGUUGAAGAAAGGACUACAAAGGACAACAAUACACAAACCGCAGCGCUCCAGACUGAGUGGAGCCAGCAACUUGUGAGACGUUCCAGAGCCGCAGCACGACCACCGUGGCUGGUGGGGUAAGACGCGGCAUCUAGGUUUGAGAAUUCAGCCUGGAGAGGAGUUGGGAUUUGUCGAUGAGAACUGGUACCUUAUUUCUAAGUCUGUCAACGCACACCCAGGAGACCUGCUGCAACGUGUCCCUUGGACAGAGGUCCUGAUCUCGGCUCCUGCAGCCUGCCACCCCUCCCUCCAUCAGUGGUGGUGACCCAGCACCGGACAGCUUGCUGCAGGGCCCUUCCUGAGCAGCAGCAGCUGCGUCCUGCUUGACGACUCCCCUCCCUCCCCUGCUUCCCCUGCUUCCUGUCCUUGGUCAGACAAGGCUAAAGCCUCCUCUCCCCUACCCCACCCAUCAUCUCUGUCAGCCUCUCAUACACUCACACAGAUACAGACUCAAGUGGGUUAUUUUGCUGACCACUAACACUAUUUUGAGAUCAGCAGUAGUGGACUCAUAGAUAGACCCCUUGAAGUGACCCUCCACUACGUAGCUCCUGCCAUUUACCUCCAUAUACAGCCUACAGCAUGACCUCCAUGUCUAGUCUCUUCUCCUUCACAAGCCCAGCAGUCAAACGCCUGCUUGGCUGGAAGCAGGGGGAUGAGGAGGAGAAAUGGGCAGAAAAGGCAGUGGAUGCACUUGUCAAAAAGCUAAAGAAAAAGAAAGGUGCCAUGGAGGACCUGGAGAAAGCGCUGAGCUGCCCGGGACAGCCCAGCAAGUGUGUUACCAUUCCAAGAUCACUGGACGGUCGGCUACAAGUUUCCCACAGGAAAGGUCUGCCUCAUGUCAUCUACUGCCGUGUGUGGCGUUGGCCCGAUCUCCAGUCCCACCACGAGCUCAAACCCUUGGAGGUGUGUGAGUACCCGUUUGGCUCAAAACAGAAGGAGGUCUGCAUCAACCCAUAUCACUACAAGCGAGUGGAGAGCCCUGUACUCCCUCCUGUCCUGGUACCACGGCACAGCGAGUUCAACCCACAGCACAGCUUGUUGGUACAGUUCCGUAACCUCACCCAUAAUGAGCCACACAUGCCCCUGAAUGCCACCUUUCCAGAAUCCUUCCAACAGCCCCACAGUGGUGGUGGCAGCAGCAGUGGAGGAGGAGGUAGCGGUGGCUCUUUUCCCAUCUCUCCCAACUCGCCGUAUCCUCCCUCUCCAGCCAGCAGUGGUACUUAUCCAAACUCUCCUGCUAGCUCGGGGCCGUCCAGUCCAUUCCAGCUCCCAGCUGACACCCCACCCCCAGCCUACAUGCCCCCUGAUGAGCAGCUGGGCCAGGAGAGCCAGUCCAUGGAAACCAGCAGCAGCCUGGUGCCACAGAACAUGCCCAGAGGAGAUGUACAACCAGUGGAAUAUGAAGAGCCAAGCCACUGGUGUUCUAUUGUGUACUAUGAGCUGAACAACCGUGUAGGUGAGGCAUACCAUGCCUCCUCAACCAGUGUUCUCGUGGAUGGUUUCACUGACCCUUCAAACAACAAGAAUCGCUUCUGCCUUGGACUGCUGUCCAAUGUCAACCGCAACUCCACAAUCGAAAACACCCGCCGACACAUUGGCAAAGGAGUGCACCUGUACUAUGUGGGAGGGGAGGUGUAUGCCGAGUGCCUCAGUGACACCAGCAUUUUUGUCCAGAGCCGUAACUGUAAUUAUCACCACAGCUUCCACCCCACCACUGUCUGCAAGAUUCCUAGUGGAUGUAGCCUCAAGAUUUUCAACAACCAGGAGUUUGCUCAGCUUCUGGCUCAAUCAGUCAACCAUGGCUUUGAGGCUGUUUAUGAGCUCACCAAGAUGUGCACCAUUAGGAUGAGCUUUGUCAAGGGCUGGGGAGCUGAAUAUCAUCGACAGGAUGUCACCAGCACCCCCUGCUGGAUUGAAGUGCACCUGCAUGGUCCACUGCAGUGGCUGGAUAAGGUGUUAACACAAAUGGGUUCUCCUCUCAACCCAAUCUCCUCUGUGUCCUAAUGAUGGCCGUGUGGGGCUUGGGAGCCUGUUUUCACUUUUUCCCCCUCAGUGAUUUAUAAUUUAAGGCUGAACUGUUUACACUUACUUUGGGAAGGGAUGCUGACAUCUGGCUUGAAAUUCGACAUCGACAGCCAGAACCCAUUUGUUAAAACUGAACAACAUUACAAGCAAGUACCUGGAGAAGGAGCGGAAUAAGGAAUAGCCAAGUAGUGGUAAUGACAUGGACACACGACUGCUUGACGAUGUUACUACAUGAGCAAGAAUGGAGGGCUUCAUUGUCAAGGUUGAAUCUGUCAAAUGUUAAUUUUUGCAUCAAGUUUUAUUGUCUUUUUUUUUUUUCUCAAAUGAUUUUAUCUCUCUGUAUGUGUAGUUGUUGAAAACGAGCUGUUUCACUACUCUGCAUUAUGUUCAACAGACAAAUUGGAAUUUUACUGAACUUCUUUCUUACAUUGUUGUCUCAUUGUCAGAUAUUUACAAUUGAUGUAGACACAAUUAUGUUUACCAUUAGGCUCAGAUAUAACAAAUGCUUUCUUUUUUAUAGUCUCUACUGCUAGAAAUGAGCACUGAGCUACUGCCUUUAAAGAAAGUUAUGUACGCCAACCUGAUAGAUUUUGAUAUUGGGAGAUCAAUCACUGAACAAGUUUAAUAUGCCAUAAGCUAACAACAGUGUGAAUGUUACAUCUUUUGCCAUAGAAGUAGUCAUUGAUGAUCUAAUCAGACAAUGGACAUCAUCAUUACUGAUUCUUGUUUGUACUCAAGUUAAAGUAAGAGUGACUGUAUUUUCCAUACUCACUGUAUUAACAAUAUUGUGCACUCGUGGAUUUUGUGGAGGCAUAUUAAAUUUUGGCAUGGGUACCAAGGCAUUAUGUUGAUAAAUAAUUGACUUCAUUAGCUCAAUGAAAUAAACAGGUUAUUUGGUAUCAAUGAUUUCUUAA